AUGCUACAUUUGCAGGUUUCUUGUCCCAACCUGGAAGUGCUAAAACUCUAUGAGGCUAACAGCAUAACUGCUCUGUGCUCUCACCAACUUCCAACUGCCUACUUCAGCAAACUUGUAACCUUGGAAGUAGAAAAUUGUGGAAAACUGAGAAACUUGAUGUCUCCAUCAGUGGCCAGAGGUCUUCUGAAUCUCCGGACACUAUGGAUAGAAGACUGCCAAUCAAUGGAAGAAGUGAUCACAGAACAACAAGGAGAAGAAAUCGUGACAUAUGAACCCUUAUUUCCCGUGUUGGAAGAGCUGAGCCUUUACCAUUUGCCAAAGCUGGGGCAUCUCAUUCUGACUAGGCAUGUCCUUGAAUUUCCAUUUCUUAAAGAAGUGGUUAUUGAUGAAUGCCCUGAAAUGAAGGCAUUUAUCCAACAGGGAACUGUCAGCACACUGAAUCUCGAAAGUGUGAACAAUGAUAAUGAGCUGAAAGUUGUUGACCUCAACAAAGUGAUGUUCAAUUCUAAGGUUUAUCUUGUGCCGCUUUAUAACUAA